AUGGGCUUCCGUGAUUGGUCUGAAUACUCGUGGACGGCAUUGCACCUGGAGGAAACACUCGGCUUCGGUCAACCGCUUCGCCCGCCGGCUGGCCAGGCUGGACCACAAGCAGGGCCAGCAGCAUCUCACUUGCGAGAUCUUCAUUCUGCUCUGCAGGCUGUGGUCUUCCAGCUCGACGGCCACGUGAUACCCUUUGAACUUGAUCAAAUUCUUGGGAAGGCUCCGUAA